AUGCGGGCGAUCCUCGUGAAAGACGGUAAAGGACCCAUCGAGAAUCUCUAUCUCGGCGAGACCGAAAACCCCACCGCCAAACAGGGGGAGGUCUUGGUGAAGGUGAAAGUGUUCGGUCUCAACCGCAUGGAUAUCCUCCAGCGCGAGGGCAAAUACCCCCUCCCUCCGGGCGCAUCUACCAUUCUAGGCGUUGAAUUCUCCGGCCAUAUAACCGGACUUGGUGAAGGGGUCACCGACUGGAAGGACGGUGACGAGGUAUUCGGUCUUGCCUACGGGGGCGCCUACGCGGAAUUCUUGACUGUCCCCGAGAAAAACGUGAUGAAGAAGCCGUCGCACCUUUCGUGGUACGAGGCAGCAAGUAUCCCAGAGAACUUCCUCACCGCCUUUCAGGCUCUGGUCGCCAUCGCCAAGGUGGAGAAAGGGAACGACGUUCUCAUACACGCGGGCGCAUCCGGCGUUGGUGUGGCCGCGAUUCAGCUUGCUCGGCUCUAUGGCGCUAACUCGGUCACCGCUACCGCUUCCAGUCAAGAGAAACUCGACUGGCUCCUGUCCAUUCCUAACGGAGCUACGCAUGUCGCAAACUACAAGACGCAGGACUUCGCCGCAGAGGUCAAGAAGACGACGCACGGCAAAGGCGUUGAUGUGAUCAUCGACUUCGUUGGUCAGAGCCACUGGCACAAGAACAUCGACGCUCUCGCCGCUGACGGAAGAAUGACCAUGCUCGGCUUGCUGAGUGGCGGCGAGGUUGAGAAUUUCAAUCUGGGACCUCUGCUGUACAAGCGCCUUCGUAUUCAAGGGUCAACCCUCCGCGCUCGUUCCCCGGCUUACCAAGCAGACCUGGUGAAGUGGUUCCAGAACGACGUUCUUGACCACAUCAGUGGCAGUGCUGGAAGCGGACAGGUGCGAACGUACAUCCACAAGGUUUACCCGUGGACGGAGAUGCAGGAAGCGCAUCGUGAGAUGGAGGCAAACAAGAAUAGUGGGAAGAUCAUCGCGGAGGUUGUGUAA